CCUAUUUCUAAUUUCCAACAUCUCACAAUUCAUCACUACCACCAAAAACAUCUCUCUCUAUCUCUCUCUCACUAUCUCUCUCAGAUACAGUUUCAGUUCAACUUAAUCUUCCAUGGCUCAAACUAGUUUCCUCUGUCUUCUUCUUUUUCUGUUCGUCUUUUGCACAUCAUCGGUCACCAUGGCAAAGAAGUCCGGCGAUUUCAUCAGAACUUCUUGCGGUGUAACCCAGUACCCAGAUUUAUGUUUUGAGUCACUCUCAGUGUUUAGAAGCAAAAUCCAACAAAGUCCAAGACAGAUAGCUCAAACAGCAUUGCACGUAAGUUUAUCCCGAGCUAGAUCCGUAAGGAGUUACGUUUCCACGAUGACCAGAGUUAAAGGUAUUAAAGGUAGAGAUCUCCAAGCUGUGAAAGAUUGUGUAGAUAAUAUGGGUGACAGUGUGGAUCGGUUGAGUAAAUCCAUCAAAGAACUUGGUGAAAUGAGUAAGGGUAAAAAUGCUGCUUCUGAUUUCAUGUGGCAUAUGAGUAAUGUACAGACUUGGGUAAGUGCUGCACUUACUGAUGAAAAUACUUGUACUGAAGGGUUUACCGGUCAUGGCAAGAAUACUAAUUAUAGAAUUGGUAUUAGGAGAAGAGUCACUGGUGUUGCUCAGGUUACUAGUAAUGCACUUGCUUUGGUUAAUCAUUUUGCCGCUUAGCACUACUAAGGAUAUGGAUUUCAGCCAGGGUCUUAUUAUCUACUUGAUCUAGGAUUUUCUUUGUGAUCUUAUUAUAUGUGUUGUUGUCAAAUAAGAUCUUAAAGUUCUGUUUAAUUAGGGUCUGAAGAUGUAUUAGAAAGUUCAGCUUUUUAAGUACUGUCAAUAUGCUAUACUAUAGUAAUGUAAGUUCUAAGAAGGUUUGUGUUUUGUACUUCCCCUACUUUGAAAGUAAAAUAUGUGUGUAAUAAGUAAAAACUACGUGUUAAACUUGUAUCAAAGCAAUAAUCAGUUUUGUUUCUUUCCUACUA